CUUCCAUUCUUCUCCAAGAAUAUUUCCAAUGGCUAUAGCUUCUUAUUCUCUGUUUUUCAUUUGCUUCUUCCAAACCCUGCAAGUGAAAGCUAUGUUAAACCCCAUUGAUUUCUUGGCUCUGCAAUCAAUUCGUAAGGCACUCCACGAUGUUCCCGGUUCUAAUUUCUUUGCUUCUUGGGACUUCACUUCAGACCCUUGUAACUUCGCCGGCGUUUACUGCGCCGCCGAUAAAGUCAUUUCGUUAAAUCUCGGCGACCCCAGGGCUGCUUCUCCCGGCCUUACCGGAAAACUAGACAUCGCCAUUGGCAAGCUUUCUUCUCUCGCCGAAUUCACCGUCGUUCCCGGUCGGAUAUACGGUCCUCUUCCUCAGUCUCUCUCUCAAUUGAAGAACCUCCGGUUCCUCGGCGUCAGCCGCAACUUCAUCUCCGGCGAGAUCCCCGCCGGCCUGGGUCAGCUCCGCAAUCUCAGAACCAUCGAUCUCAGCUUCAACCAGCUCGCCGGAGCUAUCCCUCCGUCCAUCGGAACCUUGCCGGAGCUGAACAACCUGAUCCUCGGCUACAACCGUCUCUCCGGUUCGGUUCCCUCGUUCGCGUGGUCGAAAGCCCUAACCCGGCUCGAACUCAAACACAACAUUCUGUCCGGUUCGCUAGCUCCAGAUUCUCUCCCUUCCUCACUGCAAUACCUCUCUCUGUCAUGGAACCGGCUGAGUGGACCGGUGGACCGGGUUAUAAACCGGCUCAACAAGCUGAACUACCUUGACCUUAGCUUGAACCAGUUCACGGGCCCCAUUCCGGUUCACAUUUUCUUGUUCCCGCUAACAGAUCUGCAAUUAGAAAGGAACCAAUUCACCGGUCCGGUCCAACCGGUUAAUGAGGUCGCAAUCCAAACCGUUGAUCUCAGCUAUAACCGAUUAUCGGGUGAAGUAUCGCCCAUGCUAGCUAGCGUGCAGAACCUGUACCUGAACAAUAACGGGUUUACGGGUCAGGUACCGGGUAGCUUCGUGGAGCGGUUAUUGGCAGCGAGUAUACAAAUACUUUAUUUGCAACACAAUUACUUAACCGGAAUUGCGAUAAAUCCAACGGCGGAGAUUCCAGAGAGUAGCACGCUGUGUGUGGAUUAUAAUUGUAUGGUGCCACCCAUUCACACGGCGUGUCCCCUUAAAGCUGGCAAGCAAAAAAUCAGGCCUUCACAACAGUGUAACCAAUGGAGGGGAUGAAUUAAAAAUAAUUCAUAUAUAUAUAUAAAAUAAUUCACAGGGAAUAUUCAAAUUUUGAAAUAAAAAUCAUAUAGUUUAACUUGCUUUUGUAUUUAUUUAUAUUUUUUAUAUCCUUUGGAAUUAUUUCAUUUUUCUGAUAGUAUGAUAAGAUAACUGGGAUACUUGCAAGAGUGUAGUGGGCAAGUUCUAAAUUGCAGUGUAAUUUGUAUUACUUUAAUGUAAUAUAUUCCUCUUAGCAGAAAAGCAAAGCAAAAAUUGUUUAUCAUAUACCUUCUAUUUAUUUUAUGGGUUUAAUUAAUCUCAUGUUAAAGGAGAUAAGUUAUUUCAUGUCAUAGAGAUAAAUUUGUGGGUUCCGUCACUUGAAAAAAAA